AUGGGGAUUUUAUUUAGUUUGUGUAAGCGGGACUCCCCUGAUGCUCUUCAAGCAGAUCCACGUGCUGCAUUAAGAGCCGGAGGGAGAAUUAAAAUUGAGAAAAAUGUAACAGAAGAUCCACAUGCACCUUUAUUGACAAAAACUUCAAAUUCUCUAUUAGAAAAAGACACUCAAAAUCUAGAUAAAGACUUAGAUGCUCUUGUCGAUGAACUAUCUGAUAGUGCUGAAAUCGGAGAUGAUGAUAAUGAUCUUUUUGAUGCUGUUGCUGAAGAUGAUGAAGAACAAGACGUUAAGCGCGAUUAA